UGGUACGGGGGGGCAGGAUGAUGACGACUGUGGAUAAUAAUAAACGCAUCGCUCCAGCAGGAAAGCUGAUGGAUCCCCUUGUAGAGCCAUGGAGGAGCCCGAUCCGGAGGUAGGUGGGCUGCCAGCAGUAGGUGGGAUGCUGCACGAGGCAGAUGGAUGCUGGGGCUUGGUGGAGGCUGGGUACCAGGAUGCUGAGGGAUAAUGAAGGCUUGGUCUAGGUGGAUACUGGAGAUAGGUGGAUAUUAGGGGUACCAUGAUGCUGGGGGUAGGUGGAUAUUAUGGGUAUCGUGAUGCUGGGGGUAGGUGGAUAUUAGGGGUAUCGUGAUGCUGGGGGUAGGUGGAUAUUAGGGGUACCGUGAUGCUGGGGGUAGGUGGAUAUUAGGGGUACCAUGAUGCUGGAGGUAGGUGGAUAUUAGGGGUACCAAGAUGCUGGGGGUAGGUGGAUAUUAUGGGUAUCGUGAUGCUGGGGGUAGGUGGAUAUUAGGGGUACCGUGAUGCUGGGGGUAGGUGGAUAUUAGGGGUACCAUGAUGCUGGAGGUAGGUGGAUAUUAGGGGUACCAUGAUGCUGGGGGUAGGUGAAUAUUAGGGUAGUGAUGCUUGGGGUAGGUGGAUAUUAGGAGUAUUAGGAGUAUCGUGAUGCUGGGGUAGGUGGAUACUAGGGGUACCAUGAUGCUGGAGGUAGGUGGAUAUUAGGGGUAUUGUGAUGCUGGGGGUAGGUGGAUAUGAUGCUGGGGGUAGGUGGAUAUUAGGGGUACCAUGAUGCUGGAGGUAGGUGGAUAUUAGGGGUACCAUGAUGCUGGUGGUAGGUGGAUAUUAGGGGUAUCGUGAUGCUGGGGGUAGGUGGAUAUUAGUGGUAUCGUGAUGCUGUGGGUAGGUGGAUAUUAGGGAUACCAUUAUGCUGGAGGUAGGUGGAUAUUAGGGGUAUUGUGAUGCUGGGGGUAGGUGGAUAUUAGGGGUACCGUGAUGCUGGGGGUAGGUGGAUAUUAGGGGUAUCGUGAUGCUGGAGGUAGGUGGAUAUUAGGGGUACCGUGAUGCUGGGGGUAGGUGGAUAUUAAGGGUAUUGUGAUGCUGGGGGUAGGUGGAUAUUAGGGGUACCGUGAUGCUGGGGGUAGGUGGAUAUUUGGGGUAUCAUUAUGCUGGGGGUAGGUGGAUAUUUGGGGUACCGUGAUGCUGGGGGUAGGUGGAUAUUAGGGGUAUCGUGAUGCUGGGGGUAGGUGGAUAUUCGGGGUACCGUGAUGCUGGGGGUAGGUGGAUAUUAGGGGAACCGUGAUGCUGGAGGUAGGUGGAUAUUAGGGGUAUCGUGAUGCUGGAGGUAGGUGGAUAUUAGGGGUACCGUGAUGCUGGGAGGUAGUGUGGAUAUUAGGGUAUCGUGAUGCUGGAGGUAGGUGGAUAGGGGUAUCAUGAUGCUGGAGGAGUUGGAUAUUAGGGGUAUCGUGAUGCUGGGGGUAGGUGGAUAUUAGGGGUACCGUGAUGCUGGGGGUAGGUGGAUAUUAGGGAUACCGUGAUGCUGGUGGUAGGUGGAUAUUAGGGGUAUCGUGAUGCUGGAGGUAGGUGGAUAUUAGGGGUACCGUGAUGCUGGGGGUAGGUGGAUAUUAGGGGUAUCGUGAUGCUGGGGGUAGGUGGAUAUUAGGGGUAUCGUGAUGCUGAGGGUAAGUGGAUAUUAGGGGUACCGUGAUACAGGGUUAGGUGGAUAUUAGAGGUCUGGUUAUUCUAGAGUAGGUGGAUAUUAGGGGUACCUUGAUUCUAGGGGUAGAUGUAUGUUGGGAGUACCAUGAAUCUGGGGGGUAGGUGCAUAUUAGGGUUACCGUGAUUCUGGGGGAUAGUUGGAUAUUAGGGGCACUGUGAUGCUGGGUGUAGAUGGAUAUUAGGGACACUGUGAUGAUGGAGGGUAUGUGGAUGCUGGCAGUGGACUGGAUUCUGAUGUUAAAUGGGCUUUUUAGGGUAUGUGGGAUUCAUAAGAAGGUAGGUGCUGGGGCUGCUUAUUGUAGAUGGCAUUCUUUGAGUGGGUGUGAUACUUGGGGUUGGUGGAUUGCUGUCGGUAGCUGAUGUGGUGCUUGGGGUUGGUGGCAUGCUGUCGGUAGCCAAUGUGAUGCUUGGGGUUGGUGGCAUGCUGUCAGUAGCCGAUGUGAUGCUUGGGGUUGGUGGCAUGCUGUCAGUAGCCGAUGUGGUGCUUGGGGUUGGUGGCAUGCUGUCAGUAGCUGAUGUGAUACUUGGGGUUUGUGGCAUGUUGUCAGUAGGUGAUGUGAAGCUUGGGGUUAGUGGCAUGCUGUUGGUUAGUGAUCUGUUGCUUGGGAUUGGUAGCUUUCUCUAGGUAGAUGAUCUACUGCUUGCGUUUGGUGGCAUGCUGUAGUUAGAUGAUGUGUGCUUGGGGUUGGUGGCAUGCUGUAGUUAGACGGUGUCCUGCUUGGCAUUGGUAGCAUGCUGUAGUUAGAUGAUGUGCUGCUUGGGGUUGGUGGCAUUUCUGUUAAAUGGCAUGCUGUCGGUAGGUGAGGUGCUGCCUGUAGGUGAUCUGAUGCUUGGGGUUGGUGGUCUGCUGCUUGGGAUUGGUGGCUUGCUGUAGUUAGGUGAUGUGCUGCUUGGGGUUGGUGGCUUGCUUUAGGUAGGUGAUGUGAUGCUUGGUGUUGGUGGCUUGCUGUCGGUUGGUGGUCUGCUGCUUAGGGUUGGUGGCAUGCUGUGAGCAGGUGGUCUGCUGCAUGGGGUUGGUGGCAUGCUCUAGGUAGGUGUAGUGCUGCUUGGGGUUUGUGGUAUUCGGUGGGUAGCUGAUGUGCUGCCUGUAUGUAGGAGUGUGGCUUAGAUGAGCACAGUACAUGUGAUAUUCCAGGGACAGCUGUGGGUUUAUGGAUGAAGGAGAAUAUAUUAGCUAUAAUGAGAGCAGUGGCCUAGGUUGCUAUCUGAUGCCCUGACUGUUGAAACACCUAGUGUGGAAGAGGACAUUCACAUUUACUCCCACAAUGAUGGCACUCCUACUGUCAGUAGGUGAUGUGCUGCUUGAAGUUGGUGGUAUGCUGUUGGUUAGUGGUCUGCUGCUUUGUUUUGGGACUUCCUCUAGGUAGGUGAACUGCUGCUUGGGGUUGGUGGCAUGCUGUAGUUAGGUGAUGUGCUGCUUGGGGUUGGUGGCUUGCUGUCGGUUGGUGGUCUGCUGUUUGGGGUUGGUGGCUUGCUUUAGGUAGGUGAUGUGAUGCUUGGUGGUUGGUGGUCUGCUGCUUAGGGUUGGUGGCUUGCUCUAGGUAGGUGAGGUGCUGUUUGGAGAUGGUGGCAUGCUGUGGGCAGGUGGUCUGCUGCUUGGGGUUGGUGGUAUUCGGUGGGUAGCUGAUGUGCUGUCUGUAUGUAGGAGUGUGGCUUAGAUGAGCACAGUACAUGUGAUAUUCCAGGAACAGCUGUGGGUUUAUGGAUGAAGGAGAAUAUAUUAGCUAUAUGAGAGCAGUGGCCUAGGCUGUUAUCAGAUGCCCUGACUGUUGACAUCACACCUAGUGUGGAAGAGGACAUCCACAUUUACUCCCACGAUGAUGGCUGAGUCUGUGUAUCGUUGUGUAGUAUUUUUAUGUGCAUUUUGGUUUUAGUAGAUAUUAGAACUUUUUAAAAUAACAAUGUAAUUUUAUAAAACAUUAAUGGUCUUGUCAAAGGGUUAAUAUUGGUGUUCUAGGCCUGAAAAUGGGUCCUCGCUACCAGUCAGCACCAUCGUUCAGUCCUUUCCUGCAGCUGGGCCCUGCCACGCAUUAAUGCUAUUAGAUUUUGUGGUGUCUCUAAAUAUAUGACCACAGCAAUCUUUGUACAUCAAGUCUGUAUUUUAUUCCAGAUUAUAGCAGGACCUGGGUGUAGCAAGUCUGCAUGAAUCUAAUCAUUGCAUGCUUUGUACAGCUGGUUAUUCCAAGACUGAUAUGGCAUCUGGUUAAAAAGAGAUUCCUCAGCGUGCAUUAUAAUUAGUGCAGUCCUGCAUUUCGUAACAAGUGGUUGCAGUUUCGCAUACAAUAAUAUAGGGAUUGCAAUCUUGCACAGUGUAAGCUUAUAGCAAGCAACAGAACAGACUGUUUUAAAAUGCACUUUUUUCUAUAACCAGAAAAAAAUUUAAGCUUUAUCUGUGUAUGGGGAACCUGCAUAAGAUACCCGAGGCAGCUAUAUCAUGUCUGCAUUGCAUCCGACAAUAGCAGAGCUGCAUUGUAUGCCUAUAGAUAAUUAGAUAUAUAACCCACGAUGAGCCCUGUAAGCCUGCACAAUUCCAAUCAGAGCAUUUCUGCUUGUAUGGCCUUGCUUAUUGCAGGAUCUGGACAGCGCUGACGAGGCUGAGGAGGGGUAGGAUAGGGGGAAGGCCUACUGAAGAAGCAGGCUUUGGCACUGAUGGAGGGGGAGGGUUGCAAGAGGGGGGUUCCUGCAGAUCAGACAGAAGCCACUGAUUUGUGCUGAUGCUGAAGACAGGUAGUACGGGCUUCUUGUGAUGAUGCUACAAGGUGAGGAGAUUUGGAGGACAGUAUGGGCAGGUGAUUCUGCUGAUAGACCCUUUUUUUCUCCUCAAGAAAAUACAUUUUAUCAUUGCUAUGUCUUCUCUGCUCGAGGAAGAAUCUAUAUUUCAUGGCUUCUCCAGAUUGUGCUCAUGGUUGUGCCUGCUCAUUUUUUUUUAAACUGACUGCUGAAAUGAUGACUGUGUUUUGUUACAGCUAUGCUUUUUUCCCCCUUCUCCUUUUUUCAGAUCCACUAGCCGUGGGUCCAUUUUGGAAACAGUGAGCCCUGUUGAACGUUACAGCUGCCUUCAUGGACUUGCCUGAGAGUCCAUCUCCUGUGCUAACUCCAUGCAAUAAGACAUGAUCCGGAAAACUUCAGUAUUAAAAUGAAUUUGUCAGACAGAAUGACAGAUUUCGCAGACCAAAAUCGCUAUGAUUAUGUCAAUAGCACCUCUGUGUCUCAUGUUGGCAACGGGACCUUUAGAGAUAUUCAGGAGAUUAUCCACACAGCUACACUGGUCACCUGUACCUUUCUGUUGGUCAUUAUUUUCUGCCUGGGCUCAUAUGGAAAUCUGGUGGUAUUCUUGUCAUUCUUUGACCCGGCUUUUCGGAAAUUCAGGACCAACUUUGACUUUAUGAUCCUGAAUCUAUCCUUCUGUGACCUCUUUAUUUGCUGCAUAUCUGCCCCAAUGUUUGCCUUUGUCUUGUUUUUUGACUCUGGAAGUAAUGUACCUGAUGCAUUUUGCUUCACUUUCCAUCUCACUAGCUCUGGAUUUAUAAUUAUGUCUCUUAAGACAGUGGCCGUCAUUGCGCUUCACCGGCUAAGGAUGGUGCUAGGACAACAGCCCAAUAGGACAGCAUCUUUCCCUUGCACUUUAAUGCUAACUGUCCUUUUGUGGACUACAAGCUUUACUCUAGCCACAUUAGCCACGCUACGGACACGCAAGUCUCGGAUAUGCCUUCCCAUGUACAGCCUGAUUAGCGGUGAGGGCAAAGUUAUCCUAUACCUUUAUGUCAUUGACUUCACAUUUUGCGUUGCAGUGGUGUCCGUGUCUUACAUCAUGAUUGCUCAGGCACUAAGGAAAAAUGCCCAGGUGAGAAAAUGCCCAAUCAUCACAGUAGACACAACUAGACCACCAAAUUUUAUUGGCCCUGGUGUGGAUGGGGUGCAGUGUUCAGUACCUGCUUUAUAUAGGAACCAGAAUUACAACAAACUCCAGCAUGUUCAGACUCAUGCCUACACCAAAAAACUGAGCCAAAUGCCAGUGCCAGCCAGCAGACUUCAGCUAGUCUCUGCGGUUAACCUCUCAACUGCAAAGGACUCCAAAGCGGUAGUAACGUGUGUCGUCAUUGUACUAUCUGUCCUUAUUUGCUGCCUACCGCUAGGCAUCUCCUUGGUCCAAGACGUUCUAACCAGCAACAGUAGCUUUAUCUUGUACCAGUUUGAACUUUGUGGAUUCACUCUGAUAUUUCUCAAAUCUGGAUUAAACCCUUUCAUCUACUCACGGAACAGUGCCGGACUGAGGAGACGGGUCCUCUGGUGCAUUCAGUAUGUGGCUCUGGGCUUUCUCUGUUGCAAACAGAAGACCAGAUUGCGUGCCAUUGGUAAAGGAAGCUUGGAAGUCAACAGGAACAAGUCUUCUCACCACGAAACCAAUUCAGCAUAUAUGUUAUCUCCAAAACCACAAAAAAAAUUUGUGGAUCAAGCUUGUGGACCAAGUCACUCGAAAGAUAGCGUGCUAAGUCCCAAGGGAUCGGCUGGACAUCAACAUUAUGCACACAGCAGCUCAACUCCAAUUAACACCCGUAUAGAACCUUAUUAUAGCAUCUACAACAGCAGCCCCUCUCAAGAACUCAGCACUCCCAAUAGCCUACAACCGGUGAACUCUACAUUUGGCUUUGCCAAAUCAUAUAUUGCCAUGCAUUACCACACCACCAAUGACUUAAUGCAAGACUGUGAGAGCACUUCAGCGAAGCAGAUCCCAGUGCCAUCUGUGUAACAUUGACUAAUAUGCAUCUUGUAAACAUUUAUUAAAUGUGUUAUAUACUUGCCAUAACAAUGAUUAUAACAUACACACACAUACACGUAUAAUACAUACAUAUAAUGUAUGUAUACAUAUUUUUGCAUAUAACUUUAUUAAACAAUGUAACAUAUGUUAAUAACAGGGAAAAAAGAUUUUUUUAAAGCUUGCAUUCUAAAAUUGUAAUAUUGCAUCAUUGUUACAUUUUGUACUUACAUUUUAAUCUAGGCACCGGACACUAUGUUCAGUAUGUUUUUUUUUUGUGAUAGAGCAUCUACGGGAAAUGUAAUUAACACUUUUUUUUUAGACUAUUUUCACGACUAUGAAACUGAUACACAUUAUAAUAUAGAAGUUUCGGUGAUUUACGAAGGGGUAUUGUGUGUUGGCAGUACGGGACAUAUGUAAUGGGGGUACAUCGUAGGAUUAGUAUAUAGAAUACAAAUUAUUCUGAAAUGCAUAAACAUCCAAUCUCAGUUCUGACAUAAAAUGUGCUUAAAGGAACAGUAUAGUCAUCUAAAUUACUUUAGCUGAAUAAAGCAGUUUUAGUGUCUAGAUCAUUCCCCUGCAAUUUCACUGCUCAAUUCACUGUCAUUUAGGAGUUAAAUCACUUUGUUUCUGUUUAUGCAGCCCUAGCCACACCUCCCCUGGCUUCGAUUGACAGAGCCUGUAUGAAAAAAAAACUGGUUUCACUUUCAAACAGAUGUAAUUUACCUUAAAUAAUUGUAUUUCAAGCUCUAAAUUGAACUUUAAUCACAUACAGGAGGCUCUUGUAGGGUCUAGCAAGCUAUUCGCAUAGCAGGGGAUAAGAAAAUCUUAAUUAAACAGAACUUGCAAUAAAGAAAGCCUAAAUAGGGCUCUCUUUACAGGAAGUGUUUAUGGAAGGCUGUGCAAGUCACAUGCAGGGAGGUGUAACUAGGGUUCAUAAACGAAGGGAGUUAACUCCUAAAUGGCAGAGGAUUGAGCAGUGAGGCUGCAGGGGCAUGUUCUAUAUACCAAAACUGCUUCAUUAAGCUAAAGUUGUUCAGGUGACUAUAGUGUCCGUUUAAAUAGAGAUUAUGUGUAAUAUAGACACUAAAUACAUUCAAUAAAUAGACUUUUUAAGUUAUGUUUAGAGCAUGGAUAGGCAACCUUCGGCACUCCAGAUGUUGUGGAGAUGUACAUCCCCAUAAUGCUUUUACACCCAUAGUGCUGGCAAAGCAUCAUGGGAUGUGUAGUCCAAAACAUCUGCAGUGCUGAAGGUUGCCUAUGCCUGGUUUAGAGUAAAACUGAAGCAAAAAUAUUGUUUAGAACUUAAACUGUUCCUUAUUCACCGUGGUCCUAUGCAAUACAUAGGUUAUUGUUUAAAUUUGUAGGAUUGCAGGAGUUUUUCACCGCACCCCAAAAAAAUAAAUGUGUGCAGUAUAUGCAGCUAGGAAGCCCAAGUAGAAAACUUUCUGUGACUAACAGUGGGCUGUGUCUCCCAAUUUUUCAAACUUGUUGCUUUGAAUUCCAUAACUACAGCUAAAUAAGUACUGUUUGGUUAUGUUAAAGUUUUGUCGUGGAGAGGAUGGGUGAGCGUGGCUUAUCACUGUCUCGUAUAAAUGGCUGCCAUUUCGCCAAGCAUUUCACGGUCAUUUUUUAUACGAAAGACAGAUGUGGUAUCAAACAAUGC